AUGACAAUUAUCAACGAGACGAAGUUCCGCCGCAGAGAAAUGCUGGGUACUCUCCAAGAGGUAUCUAUUGUUUGCAUGGAAGUGCUAUUGAAAACAAUUCGUGAAUUAGAUCAUUAUUGUUUUGUAUCUACAGCUUUAGACAAUGGUGCUUUCUACGACGCUCGAGGCGGUUAUGUACCGCGAGGAGGUUAUGUUGGACGCGGUCGUGGCGGUAUCGUCGCGUCGCCUCGCGGCGGUUAUUCGCCACGCGGUGAUGCCUAUCCAACCCGUGGAUUUACUGGGCCGAAGCGAUAUUCUGAACAGCGUGGCGAGAUACUGCCACCACCGGCGCCGAUCGCUGUGCCACCACCAAUCCCUCCACCGCAGCAUAAUUUUAGUAUGCCGCGUCAGCCAACUGAUGUGGUGUAUUUCGAUCCUACCCAACAGGUGAGCUGUGAGAUAACUUUAAGUCGUGAUACAGGAGAUUCAUUUGGGAGUGCUUUUUACCAAAAACAAUUUGCGCACUAUGCCAUGAGAGAUUUUCGUCACGUUGGUGACAGCAGUGCACUUUGUGCAAGGUCCAGAUCGGAAUAUCACCAUUGA